AUGUCCUCGCCCCUCCUUGUCGGCAUAUCGGGCCCCUCAUCUUCCGGCAAGACAACGCUGUCCCGCCUACUGCGCGAUGUAUUCCCUCCCUCUAAACUCUUCAUCCUGCAUCUCGAUGACUUUUACCUGACGGAUGCUGAAAUCCCCGUCAAGAAUGGAAUCCAAGAUUGGGACUGCAUCGAGUCACUCAAUCUACCUGCGCUCAAGCAAGCCCUGAACCACAUCAAAGACCAGGGCAAGAGUCCAGACUGGCUAGUCAGCCAAGAAGAUCAGAACAGCGUUGGUGAGCAUGGCGUGCCUGAAUCCGAGAUCCAGGCAUUGCGCGAGCGAGUUGUCGGUUUACUUGAGGGCAAGCCAGAGUGGAGCGAAAAGCGGAUAUGCAUUGUGGAUGGCUUCCUACUCUUUUCCCAAGACAUGAAAGACAUACGCUCCACGUUUGACGUCCGUCUUUUUCUCCGCACCAGCUACGAGACUGCAAAGCGAAGGCGCGAGGCCAGGAGUGGAUACGUGACGCUCGAAGGCUUCUGGCAAGACCCUCCAGGCUAUGUCGACAAGAUUGUGUGGCCCAACUAUGUUCACGACCACAGUUUCUUGUUUGAAAACGGCGAUGUUAACGGCCAGCUAGACAGAAAAGUCUGCGCAGAGACUGACAUUCAUGGCAUGCCCAAGGAAGCUGAGGAGAACAUGGCCAAAUGCCUGAGCUGGGCUGUGGGGGUCUUGGAGGAUGUAAUCAAGAAAUCUUAA